CUGGUCCAGGAGGAACAAACAGUAACCUACCAGAAGGGCACCGAUCACAAUGCCUUCCCCCGUGCCGGUCGCGACACGUCCGAUCAACAAGCCCACCGUGGGCAGAAACAACUACCAGCCCUUUGGUUUCCGCGAGGAAACUCUCCCCCAAGGCUGGAGUCAAGACGGCUCACGUCCGCUGCCCUGCGACAUCCACGCCUCCCACGACGUGGGAAUCCAAGUCCGAGACGGCAGCACUCUCUACUGCGACAUCUAUCGGCCCGCCAACUCGGACAAGCCGGUCCCGGCCAUUCUGGCGUGGAGCCCCUUCGGGAAGAAAUUCAAUGGCAUCACAUUACUCAAGUUCCUGCCAUGGGGGCUGGGAAUCCCCGAGGGUGUUCUCAGCGGCCUGGAGAAGUUCGAGGGGCCCGAUCCAGCCGAGUUCGUGCCGCGCGGGUUCGCCAUCGUCAACGUAGACGCUCGUGGAUCGGGCGACUCGGACGGCACGGUGGGGAUCAUGGGCACGCAGGAAGCCGAGGAUGGCUACGAUGUGAUUGAGGCCAUCGCCAAAAUGCCCUGGUGCAACGGCAAUGUCGGACUGGCCGGCAACUCCCACCUGGCCAUCGUUCAGUGGUUCAUCGCGGCAUUGCAGCCGCCAUCCCUCAAAGCCAUCGCCCCGUGGGAGGCAUGCAGUGAUCUCUACCGCGAGCAAUUCGUCCGGGGCGGGGUCUUCGAUGCUGGUCUCUUUGACUGGAUCAUCGACCACAACAUCCAGGGUCACGGCGGCGUCGAGGACUUCCACGAGAUGUACCGGCGCAAUCGGACCGCGGACACUUUGUACUGGAAGGACAAACGACCAGACUUCAGCAAGAUCCAAAUCCCCGCCUACAUCACGGCCUCCUACACCAGUUUCGUGCACACGAUGGGCUCGCUACGCGGAUGGCUUCAGAUCCCCUCCGCGCACAAGUGGCUGCGGCUGUGCCCCUGGCAGGAAUGGUACGACAUGUGGAACUGCAAGGACUCCGCCCAUGAACUGGCGUCCUUCUUUGACCACUACCUGAACGGCGCCAGCAACGGAUGGGAGCAAACCCCGCGGGUCCGAACCACCAUCUUACGCUUCAAUCAAGACCCGUUGUCCGACGUCGUCGAGGAGGACUAUCCCAUCCCACGCACCGACUAUCGCAAGAUGUACUUCCACGCCGACGGCACCCUUCAAACCGAGGCCCCCAGCAGAGCGUCAUCGCUGUCGUACAAUUCGGAAACGUACCAGGACUGUGCAAGCUUCACCUAUACCUUCCCAGCCCGCACCCGGCUGGCAGGCAUCCCCAAAGCGGUGGUAUACAUGUCCUGUCCCGAUUUCCAUGAUCUCGAUGUCUAUGUGCUGGUGCGCAAGCUUGAUACACAGGGCAAGGCGCUGCUCAAUUUGAACAUCCCCUGGUCGUCCAUCGCGGAGCACGGUGUCAGUCCGGACGACGUUGAGAGUCUCUCUCCACGGGAGAAGACCAAUCUCAUGUUCCACGUGGGCUCUUUGGGGAUCCUGCGGGCGUCAAGACGCGCCAUUGAUCGCAAGCAAUCUCUGCAUGAGAACUUUCCCUUCCACCCUCACGACCGGGACGAGUACAUCAGCCCGGGCGAGGUCGUAAAGUUGGAGAUUGGGAUCUGGGCGAUGGGGGUGGAGUAUGAAGCCGGGGAGAGCGUGCGCGUGGAGAUCCAUGGGAACAGCCCGCUCCUGCGGGGAGAAUUCAAGGAGGAUAACGAAUUUCAGGAGCUGGCGUCGCACGGGACGCAUAUCGUUCACAUUGGGGGAGAGCAGUCUUCGCAUAUCAUCCUGCCGUUCGUUUGA